AUGACCUCUGCAGACGGCAUCGGUAAUAAUAUUGUUGUGGAAUCCAUACCCCUCCUCUCUAGUCGCAUCCAGGGAGAUAUGUCUAUUCCUUUAAAAACGUCGCGCACAAUACACUGUAGGCUGAAGCGGCGCGUCACCCUCCUCCUGUGCGCAUUUGCCUUCACUAUGAUGUUAGGUGAUAAUCUACAGCCGGCAGCACUAACUCAAAUCUUUGAGGAUGUGAUCUGUGACAACUACUUCGCGGGGCACUCCCCAUCUCCAGCCUCGAAUCCCUCUCCGUUGUUGAUACGGCAACUGGCCAAUCCCUCCCCCCUCUUCGCAGCGCUGGUUUGCACGGUGCUGUAUGGCCUGCUGGCGGAGCGCAUUGGGCGCAAUCGCGUGCUUAUUCUAAGCGGUGCAGGCGUUCUUGCCGCGCUUUCCUGGGUCCUGGCUGUAUGCUACUGGCGAUUUGCUAAUAUCCGCUGGGUGUGGCUUUCCGGUGCUUUGUUCUUUAUCGGCGGCGGCGACGCUGUUAGUUCAAGUGUCGUGCAUGUCAUGGUGACGGACGCCACAGACCCGGCCGAACACGUGCAACUCUUUUUGUUUUUUCACACGGCAGACGUGGUUUCGGGGCCGGCUGUCAGCGCUGCGUUGAUGGAGAAAGGAUAUACCUGGACUGUCCUGCUCCUCGCUGAGAUGGCGCUUUUUCCGGCACAUUUCUACUUACGCUAUUCAUUCCAGAAACACUAA